GAUAUGUACUGUACCUGCCGUAACCGUAACUAUUCUACACCCUUUUCAAAACAGAUUAACUGGACCUUUUUGAUAAAGCCAGUAUACAGUAGUAUUCUCAAAUACGUAAAUCUGUGAAAUGUCAAAACUUUCUUAUUGAAGGAAGAGUCGAAAACAUUGCGCUCAUUAAACACAGCAAGUUAUUGACGGUGAAGAAUAGAAGUGAUCGUUGGACGUGUCUGACUGGAAGCAGACACGAAGCCUGUGAAGUGCUGAUCGCUAUAAAAGUAGUUUCCUCAUCCUUCUACCGCUUCCCCGCAAUAUGGACUUUCAACACCGCGCGGGUGGAAAGACCGGCGGAGGCGGUGUAGCCUCGGCCUCCGAGAGCAACCGCGAUCGUCGCGAGCGCCUGCGUCAGCUGGCGCUGGAGACCAUCGACCUGGCCAAGGAUCCCUACUUCAUGAAGAACCACUUGGGCACCUACGAGUGCAAGCUAUGUCUGACGCUGCACAACAACGAGGGUAGCUAUCUGGCCCACACACAGGGCAAGAAGCACCAGGCCAAUUUGGCGCGCCGCGCCGCCAUGCAGGCCAAAGAUGCGCCGAUCCAGCCCGCUCUCGACAAGCCUCGCGUCGACAUCAAGAAGUUCGUCAAGAUCGGAAGACCCGGUUACCGUGUCACCAAGCAGAAGGAUCCAGACACGCACCAGCAGAGCCUCCUCUUUCAGGUGGACUACCCGGAAAUCGGCGACGCCGUCAUUCCCAAGCACCGUUUCAUGUCUGCCUUCGAGCAGCGUCACGAAGCCCCCGACAAGAACUGGCAGUUCCUUAUUCUGGCCGCCGAGCCUUACGAGACCAUCGCCUUCAAGGUGCCCUCGCGCGAAGUGGACAAGAGCGAAGAACACUUUUGGACUCACUGGAACCGCGACACUAAGCAGUUUUUCCUGCAGGUGGCCUUCAAAUAGCCACGCAGUUUAUGUAUUUACAAUUUAUCCUCCAUUUAAUAUUUUUUGCUAUUUUGACGCUAUUUUGGCGCUAAAUUCUGUGCACACUCCAACUGUCUCGUCUCAAGACUGACGCAUGUAAUGGAAUUGUAUAUUUUUGAAAGUAAGUGCUUUUCUUGCUACGCUCUGUAUUUACGGAAAAAAUGAAACCAUAAAUAAUUCAUCUAUCCGCGUUU